AUGGUGUUCUCAGUCCUCCGACUUGGUGUUCUUCACGUUCUCCUCCAUCAACGCAAGCCAUCCUCCUCUUGUUCCCCUCUCCAAUUUCAAUCUUUCUUCCGUCUCUCUCAGUGUCGUUAUUCAAAGUGGGUUUCGAAAAGCCACUCUCUUCUGAAGCAAAAUGGAGGUAACGAUUCUCAGAUCAAGCAAAUCAGAUCGCUUAUGCUGGUUCGCCCACACAGGUCUGCUUUCAUCGCGUUCUUCACGUUCAAAGAUCUGAAUAUUUUCUGCAAGCCCCGUUGUGUACCCAGAUCCCUCCUUUCUUCAACGCCGCUAUCGAACCUGUUCCCUUCGUCGCCUCUCUCACCGAGUGAAGGGAUGGCCGUCUCCCCAAAUCGCUUGCUUCAGGUCAAGCACGACGGCUGGUGGGUCACCGUCGAUCCAGCUUGUCUUUCUAGAUUUGUUUCUUCGAUGUUUUCGAGGCUUGGCUUGUCCACAUCGUUUGACUCUAGUUGAUCAAGAUUCAAUGUGGGUGGAAUUUUGCCAUGGAAUCG